AGUUUGUAAUUGAUUUGUCAAAGAUGAGGAAUCACAAUUUGCCUUUUAUCUAUCAUCUAGUUGAACAAACGGACACAACAUCAGAUCAAACAAUGGCUUCACAAACCAAACUCAAGAAAUCUAACUCUCAUUUCAGCCUUUGCACUUUCCUUUUCUUCACCGUCCUCUUCACCAUACCGGCUCUCUUCCUCCUCCGCACCUCCUCUACUUGCUCCUCCAUAACCGCCGCAGUCUCCCCCUCCUCCGACUCAAACCAGCCACCGUGGUCUGGCGAUCUCCAAACAGCCCAAUUUGCAUGGAACCGCCUUGCUUUCUCCUUAACCAACCCUCCUCCCAAAACCCUAAAACUCGCGGUUUUCUCCAGGAAAUGGCCCACCGGGCCCAAUCCCGGCGGUAUGGAACGCCAUGCCUUCACUCUCUACACCGCUUUAGCCCGCCGUGGACACCAUGUCCACGUUUUCACCUCUCCUUUAGACCCUUCCCCUGAAACCAACAGAAUCACUCCAGCUUCCGACAAAACCACAAACCCUACAAUCCAUUCUCACGGCGACGCUGAGCCAGGGAAAUGGCGAUACAACAAAGCAUGGGAGCUUUACCAAGAAGAAAACAAAAAAGAACCAUUUGACGUGGUCCACACGGAAAGCGUGGCUUUACCGCACUGGAUCGCCAGAGAGGUUCCAAACCUAGCCGUCUCGUGGCACGGCAUUGCAUUAGAGAGCUUACAAUCGAGCAUUUACCAAGACCUAAUCCGUAAACCAGGCGAACCAAGAUCACAAGGCUUCAACGCAAGCCUAUACGGUGCCUUCCUUCCCAAGAUACUAGAUGAAAUCAGAUUCUUCCACAACUACGCUCAUCACAUCGCAAUCAGCGAUAGCUGCGGGGAAAUGCUGAGAGACGUUUACCAAAUCCCGGAGAAAAGGGUUCAUGUGAUCCUCAACGGAGUCGACGAAAAUGGGUUCAAAUCAGACAAGAGGCUACGUUCUCUGUUUAGGUCAAAACUAGGGUUACAAGAAAACUCAUCGACUAUUGUCUUAGGAGCCGCAGGGAGAUUGGUCAAAGACAAGGGACAUCCUAUUCUUUACGAAGCUUUCGCAAAACUAAUCGAAACACAUUCAAAUGUUCACCUUGCGGUAGCAGGAUCAGGGCCAUGGGAGCAACGUUACAAGGACUUAGGCGAGAAAGUUACUAUUUUGGGAUCUCUGAACCCAAAUGAGCUCAAGGGUUUCUACAACGGGAUCGAUUUGUUUGUGAAUCCAACGCUUAGACCACAAGGUCUUGAUUUGACUUUGAUGGAAGCGAUGUUGAGUGGUAAACCGGUGAUGGCGUCGAGGUACGCGAGCAUAAAGAGAAGUAUUGUGGUGAAUGAUGAGUUUGGGUUUAUGUUUGCGCCGAAUGUGGAGGCUUUGACGGCGGUUAUGGAGGUUGCGGUGGCGGAAGGAGCGGAGAGGUUGGCUGAGAGAGGGAGUAAAUGUAAGGAGUAUGCGGCGGAGAUGUUUACGGCGAGUAAGAUGGCUUUGGCUUAUGAGAGGCUUUUCCUCUGUAUUAAGGAUCAGAGCUUUUGUAUUUACCCCUAAAUUAGUUAAGUAUAGUUUUCAUUA